AUGGCAGAGAGCAAGUGCCCCGUGAACCACAGCGUUCGCAGAGCAAAUGUCGCUGGUGCAGGCGCCAGGAACACCGACUGGUGGCCAACCGCUCUGAGACUGAACAUCCUGCGCCAGCACACCAGCCCCUCCAACCCGCUGGACCCCGACUUUGACUAUGCGACCGCCUUCAAGAGCCUCGACUACUGGGGCCUGAAGAAAGACCUGGAGGCACUGAUGACCGACUCACAAGACUGGUGGCCUGCCGACUUUGGCCACUAUGGUGGUCUGUUCAUCCGUCUCGCCUGGCACAGCGCCGGCACCUACCGUGUUUUUGAUGGCCGUGGUGGCGGUGGCCAAGGACAGCAGCGUUUUGCCCCACUCAACAGCUGGCCCGACAACGGUAACCUCGACAAGGCCCGUCGUCUGCUGUGGCCCAUCAAGCAGAAAUACGGAAACAAGAUAUCCUGGGCGGAUCUGUAUCUCCUGGCCGGUAAUGUGGCCCUCGAGUCUAUGGGCUUCAAGACCUUUGGUUUUGCCGGAGGACGCGCAGACACCUGGGAAGCCGACGAAGCUCCAUACUGGGGAGGAGAGACCGAAUGGUUCGGCACUGAUGUGCGAUUCAGAGAAGGCACCGCAGCCGCCACUGGCCAGGUCAAAGAUGAUGCCAACCGCGACGUCCACGCCCGUGAGCUGGACAAACCACUGGCUGCCUCAGUCAUGGGUUUGAUUUAUGUCAAUCCUGAGGGCCCCGAGGGCAUCCCCGAUCCUGUCGCAGCCGCUCGGGACAUCCGCAUCACCUUUGGUCGCAUGGCCAUGAAUGACGAGGAAACAGUGGCCCUGAUUGCUGGUGGUCACUCGUUUGGAAAGACCCAUGGUGCCGCUCCAGGCUCUCAUGUUGGCAGUGAACCCGAGGGAGCUGCAAUUCAUGAGCAAGGUCUCGGAUGGCGUUCAACUAAUGGCUCUGGAAAGGGUCCCGAUGCCAUCACUAGUGGAAUCGAAGUUACCUGGACCAAGACCCCCGCAAAAUGGAGCAACGACUUCCUCGAGUAUCUCUUCCGCUAUGAAUGGGAGUUGACCAAGAGCCCCGCAGGAGCAAACCAGUGGGUUGCUAAGGGUGCCGACGAGAUCAUUCCUGAUGCGUACGACUCUUCCAAGAAACACAAACCCAAAAUGUUGACCACCGACUUGGCGCUGCGCUUCGACCCCGCCUAUGAGAAGAUUUCGCGCCGUUACCUUGAGAACCCCGAUCAGUUCGCCGAUGCCUUUGCCCGCGCCUGGUUCAAGCUCUUGCAUCGCGAUAUUGGCCCUCGCGUUCGCUAUCUCGGACCCGAGGUUCCUGCGGAGGUUUUGAGCUGGCAGGACCCUGUUCCGGACGUUGACCAUCCUUUGGUUAACGACAGUGACGUUGCUGCCCUGAAGAAAGCCAUUUUGUCCACUGGACUUGACGUCUCUCAACUUGUCUCGACUGCCUGGGCUUCGGCGUCGACCUUCCGUGGUGGUGACAAGCGCGGUGGCGCCAACGGUGCCCGUAUUCGCCUGACUCCUCAGCGUGACUGGGAGGUAAAUAACCAGCCAUGGUUGAAGAACACAUUGAGCGCCCUGGAGAACAUUCAGAACCAGUUCAACAGUGCUCAAUCAGGCGGCAAGAAGAUUUCGCUCGCCGACCUUAUCGUCUUGGCUGGUUCUGCCGCUGUUGAGAAGGCUGCCAACGAUGCCGGCCACGGUAUCACCGUUCCUUUCUCCCCCGGCCGCACCGAUGCUUCGCAAGAACAGACCGACGUUGACUCUUUCAACGACAUGGAGCCAAUUGCUGACGGGUUCCGCAACUACGGAACAUCAACUCCUCGCGUGCGAUCGGAGCAGUUCCUCGUUGACAAGGCUCAGCUGUUGACUCUGUCGGCACCGGAAUUGACUGUCCUCGUCGGUGGACUGCGUGCCCUCAACGCCAACUACGAUGGCUCUUCUCACGGUGUGUUCACUGGCCGCCCCGGCCAACUGACAAACGACUUCUUCGUCAACCUUCUCGACAUCAACACAGAGUGGAAACCUACGGAUCCCAGCAACGAAGUGUUCGAAGGCACUGACCGCAAGACCGGCGCGAAGAAAUGGACUGGCACUCGUGUUGACCUCAUCUUUGGCUCUCAACCCGAGCUGCGCGCUGUUGCUGAGGUGUACGGUAGCGCUGAUGGAGAGCGGAAAUUUGUCAAGGACUUUGUGGCAGCCUGGAACAAGGUCGUGAACCUUGAUCGGUUUGAUUUGCAGCCGUCCCACGCUUUGAUCGACGCGGCGCAACAGGAAACCAAGGCCUUGCAGCAGAUACUGCUGUCAUUGAAGAAUGCGGACGAGAAAACCCGCACGAAAAUCAUCGACUCGGUGGAUUUUGAUGAUGGAGUACUGUCUGGGUUUUCUCCAGGCGCAACAGUGUCACCGCCACAACAAGAGACCCAAUGCCCUGCAUCCUUCGCCCACUACGCUGCGUCCCACCAAGAAUCCGUUGAUCAUCCUCGUCACUACUCAGAAUCCUUGCCGGAUGAGAAGAAUGUCACAACAUUCAUAUCUCGUGACGAAACUGGCACAAUUCGUAUAUUCGGGCCGACCUCUAACCUCCACGUUGACAGCCCGGAAAAGGAGCCGUUUGGCUUUACCUCUCCAGUGCCAGGAUCUGAAAACAGCCCGGAUCGCUAUCAUCUAAUUGCCAAUGCCGCCUUGCAAAGGCAGAAAGAACACGAUCUUCGCGCGAGAGAAACUAUCGGCGGAAUACCAUCGGAACUAGCUAUGCAUCUUCUGGAUCUGCACUGGAAUAGACAGCACCACACUUAUCAACUAACCUAUCGCCCGACCUUCAUGCGGGACCUCGCUGAAGGAGGUCCAUAUUGCUCUGAUUUUUUACUGAAUGCAGUAUUCGGCUGCUCUAGCAAAUUUUCCGAGAGAGUGGAGGUGAGAUCGGAUCCUGCACGGCCAGAAACUGCUGGAAAAUUGUUCUUCGACCGCUGUGAGGAGUUGAUAUCCCAACAGUCGCUGUUAGAGGUCUCUAGUAUCCCGACCAUCACUGGUCUUCUCAUGCUUGGCGCUACAUUUAAUGCCAAAGGACGUACCUCCAAGGGGUGGCUAUAUGUCGGAUACGCUUUACGUAUGGUCUAUGAUCUUGGGCUUCACCUCGAUUGCAAAGAGAUUUCUGGAAAUCCCGAGGAUAUUGAAAUCCGUCGAAGAGUCUUCUGGGGCGCUUUUAUCUGCGAUAAAUUGCAGAGCUUGUACUUUGGCCGGCCCUUCAUGAUCCAGAUCCGUGAUGCUCAUGUUUCGUGGGAGUUGAUGGACACGUAUGAGGAGAACGAGACUUGGAGUCCGUAUCUAGACCCAAAGACAAUUAACUCGAUUUUGAAACCACAAGUUCCUAUGAGACUUUACUCAAUCACGACCUUUCAGCGUCUUUGUUCACUGUCUCGAUUAAUGGCUAGUAUCAUCGACUGCUGCUACUUUGUGGGUGCCACUCCGGAAAAUUCACGACCGUUUUUAGCUCCUACGAACGAUAAACUCAUAUCAUGGUAUGCAAGCUUACCAUUGGAGCUGCGCUUCGAACCAUGGAACAAUUCUCCCUCUAGUGAGGCAUUAGUAGCUGCACCCAACGUGAUUGCUCUAUUAACAACUUACUACUCACUGAUAAUUCUUCUUCACCGGCCAUUUAUCAGACAUGGUCAUCUCUGGGCUGCAAACACGCCGACAACUAGGUCUUGGGAAUCUUGUGUCACAGCGGCAAAAUAUAUCACACAACUUGCACUGGCAUACCAGUCGGCAUAUUCAUUGCGUCGCGCCAACUACAUGCUUAGUUAUGCAUUGUACGUCGCAUGUACGAUCCACGCCCGAAACCCCGCAGUCCGCGAAAGCACCAGAAGAGGUGACAUAUCCUCUCCUCUGAUAGUGUGCCUUCGUUGUCUAGACGAAUUGGCAGUACCAAAUUGUGGGGUGUCCGUUCCAGCCAAGAUAGUCAGGAAACUGAUGCAGGUAAACGGUAUACCGGACGUUUCCGGUCCGGAUUUGGAUAUCGAACAAGUGCUUCCGCUGGACUUCAAUCUCAGCCAACAAAUGUUCACAGAUACGUUCAUGGGCUCUGACUCCAUGAGUCAAUACGCAGGCAUUUCGGAACUCCAGCCAUUUAUCGAAGAUUUAGACUCAUUGUUUGGAUUUAUGCAAGAUUCUGAAAUUAAUGGACAAUAG